AGGAAUUUCCAGAUCCUUCUUUUGUAUGUUUUCUCUCUCCCCAAACAAACCCUCGAAAACUCAGCGAACGGAGACAGAGAGCUGAGGCUUCGACCAUCAAUUUUAGGGUUUUUCUUUUUUAACUUUGAUAAUUCGAUUCUUGAUUAUCCAAAACGCUAAUUUUCAGAUCAGAAAAUAAGGUAGUGAAAUGUUUGUUUGAGAGAUGUGUAGAAAGAAGAAACUUACUUUGAUCUAGUGCAAUGAAAUCACUGAUGAAGGUUCGCCUUGCAAUGUAGGCCUGAGUGUUCUAGUUGUUCGGCUCUUUCUAUCAGCUAAGUUUCAUGUCUGAUCUUGACGUCCAGAUUCCUACUGCCUUUGAUCCGUUUGCUGAUGCAAAUGCUGAAGACUCUGGUGCUGGUGCCAAGGAGUAUGUGCAUAUUCGUAUUCAGCAGCGGAAUGGUAGGAAAAGCCUGACUACUGUCCAGGGGUUGAAGAAAGAAUUCAGCUAUAACAAAAUUCUCAAGGACCUUAAGAAGGAAUUCUGUUGCAAUGGCACUGUUGUCCAGGACCCUGAGCUAGGGCAGGUUAUUCAACUUCAAGGUGAUCAGAGGAAGAAUGUCUCCACCUUCCUUGUUCAGGUUGGCAUUGUGAAGAAGGAUAACAUCAAAAUUCAUGGUUUUUAAGUUGCAGCUGCAAAAAUUUCUGGGAGUCUAGCCUCCAGUUCCAAGCUGAAAAUCCUACCUGAUGAACUAUUAGUUAUAUCUGUACUGUUAUAUUACCUCUAUGUUGGUUUGACACUGUUAUAUACGUCCUGUGUUUCUUGUGGUUUCAACUAUUGGCUUAUGUGAUGUUGAAUGACAAUGGAAACCGUUACUAUUUUUCUAUCACACUGGGUUGUUGCUACAAAUUUGAAGUUAAAACAACAUGCCAUGGUAUUCCCUUUUAAUGUCUA